AACACCGGCUAUUAACGCCGUUAAAUAAGAUUCUGAUUCUCUCUUGCUUUCAUUGACUACGCAGUUUCUGGUUCUUAAUUUCCAAUUUGUUUUUCAAAAUUUUGAACUUUCCUGAGAAUUAUUAAGGAUCUUGAAAUCUCGCCAUUAAUGGUUCUGUUUGGUCCAUAUUUUACAUGUUGAAGAAAUUAAGAUGAAGAAGCUAUUCUUUUUCAAGUCUUCCUCCAACAAUGGCAGCAGCAAAGGGAGUUCUCCACCCUCAGCAGAGAAGCAACUUUACUGGGAAAGUGGUAGCCCCAGAAGGGUGUUUCCGAAAUCUUGUAAACAAAUGUCUGAAAGCCAAAGCUCUGGUAGUGGUUCAGGUCUAGAAAGAAGCCAGUCCCUAUCAUCAGCUCCCUUUCUUGUUGAUGGAAAUAGGUCUCCUAGUAGUGCUCCCAAUCAGCAACACAAACAUUUGUCUGGUGUUUGUGGGGUCAAAUUUGAUGUAUUUUUGGCUCAUGCCAGUGGUAGGGCUCUCACUCCAGAGAGGCACUCUAGGACUAAACAUUGUGAAGUGGCAGCUAUUCAAGCAACACAUGUACUGGAGAGGCCUGAUUCUUCUGGGGCAGACCAUGAUUCAUUCAGCACCUCCUCCUAUUGCUCAAGCAAUGUCUCAACUAAAAUCAUUGAUCGCUACAUUGAUGGAGAAGAGCAGGUGGAAAGGAGCAGGCCCAAGAAUGGUUCCCAGAGAAAUAAUUCCAGAAGUGGGAAUGGUUACGGAAGGCAUCCUCUUAAAGUUCACUAUGCUGCCUCUAUCUCACCAACAGAUGGUGCCAGAGAUAAACCCAAGUCUCAUUCAUAUAGGGAAGCUAAAGGUACUUGUCUUCACUUUUCAUCUAGAGAUUGGGUGGAAAAUGGAUUUGGCCAUGAAUCUCCUUGUAGACUUGCAAAGAAUGUGAUUGAGGGGCUUUCUCAGACUCAUACUUUACCCAGAUCAAGUUCGAAGGAGCUCAACCACAAUAUUCCAAUCACAAUUGACGAUGUUUAUGCUGGUUCCCUGAAUAGAUGCCUUGAUACAGAUUUGAAUGUCCUUAGCCCAAAGAGUUGUGCAUUUGAUGGACCUCACAAAUUUGUUGACAGAGGGAAAGAUUACAGAGGUUUGCAAAAGCAAGAUUGUUUCUUUGCAGUCAGCUCUGAGGAUUUAACCUCACUUGAAGAAGAGAAUAUAUGUUUUGAAUUACGUAGGAAAUAUAAGGAAGCUGAGGAGAGGGCCAGGCUUCUUUCUGAACAGCUUGAGAAAGAAAGCUUUCUUUGUGACCGUGGGAUUGACAUUCCAUCACUAAUCCAGACCAUUAAGCACCUAACACAGGAGAAAUUUAACUUGGCUCUGGAGGUUCUAGGCCUUCUACAGUCUCAAAUUAUAGACAGGGCUUCUUCUGAGGAAGCACUCAGAGUGGCAAAGGCAGAUUUAGAGUCACAGACUAGAAAACUUGAGAAGGAAAAGGAUGAUUUGCAGCUGGUAUUGGAGAAGGAGCUGGAUAGAAGGUCAAGUGAUUGGUCAGUUAAGGUUGAGAAAUACCGGUAUGAAGAACAAAGGCUUCGUGAGCGAGUCAGAGAGUUAGCAGAGCAUAAUGUUUCACUUCAGAGGGAAGUCUCAUCCUUUAGUCAGAGGGAUGCAGAAACCAGAAGCAUGAUAACACAUUCAGAACAACAACUCAAGGAGCUGACCAGGAGGGUGGAGGAGUUGGAUGAAGAGAAUCAAGAUUUAAGACAAAAUCUCUCUGCAUUACAAGAGAAGUAUAGGUCAGCAAAUGAAGAUGCAUGUUGUGUUAAAAGAAAUUUUGAAGAGAAGGAGAAUGAAUGCAAGGAGUUGCAAAAAUCCAUUACAAGAUUGUUGAGAACUUGCAGUGAACAAGAGAAGACAAUUGAGGGGUUACAAGAACAAUAUGGGGAGGAACUUGGGAAGCAGUACUCAUCCCAGGAAUUUGAUAAGCGGGUGGCAAAAUUGCAAAUGGAACAGAUGAGGUUGACAGGAGUAGAAUUAUCUUUGAGAAGGGAGUUGGAAUCUUACAAGGUUGAAGUUGAUUGUCUUCGUCACGAAAAUAUCAACUUGUUAGAUCGUUUAAAAGUUAAUGGCAAAGAACUUGAUGCUUUAACAUUUAAGCUAGACAAGGAGAUGCAGACUCGUGUAUGCUGCUUGCAAAACCAAGGACUGUUAAUGCUUAAUGGGAGCAACCGGUUAUCUUCCAAGUUGCUGGAUUUCAUCAAGGGAAAAGGCAGCCAGCAACAAGAAACUCAGAUGUGUUUAGAAGUAUUCAGGAAUGGUUUGGACAGUCAAUUUAUUGUUGAAUGCAACAUGAAAGUACAGGGCUUUAAACGUGGAACUGAAAAUCUUACUAGGAGUUUGCAAACAAUGUCUAGUUUGUUGCAUGAGAAAUCCAGUGCUUUACAACCUCAGGAUACUAAUAGGUCAGAGAAACUAUAUGACCAGGAAAUUCUACAAAGUGAGCUUAAAGCAGAAAUUUUACUAACCAGUUUGUUAAGAGAGAAAUUAUAUUCCAAAGAGCUAGAAGUGGAACAACUGCAAGCUGAGUUGGCAGCAGCUGUGAGAGGUAAUGAUAUCCUCAGCUGUGAAGUUCAAAAUGCAAUGGACAACAUUUCUUGUCUAACUCACAGAUUGAAGGAUCUUGAACUUCAGAUGAUGAAGAAAGAUGACAACAUAAACCGUCUUCAAAAUGAUCUUCAAGAAUCCACAAAGGAACUAAAAAUCAUGAAGGGAAUAUUGCCCAAGGUUUCUGAGGAGAGAGAUUUAAUGUGGGAGGAGGUAAAGCAGUACAAUGAGAAGAACAUGCUUUUGAACUCUGAGGUUAACUUGUUGAAGAAGAAGAUUGAGACUUUAGACGAGGACAUACUUUUGAAGGAAGGUCAGAUAACAAUCUUGAAAGACACACUAGGCAACAGAGCUUUGGACCUUCUAUCCUCUCCUGACUCCAUUCAUGAGUUCCUUUUAAAAUGAUUGUCAGAGGGCAAGUCUUUUCUGUUGGUUGUAUAUAUAGUCCUAUACUUCCGAAUUUGGGUUCUGGGGGUUUGUUUUUCUGUUUUUCUGUUUGUCCUUGUAUUUUUCUGUUCUUUUUCUUGAAAUCCUUUAUGAUCAAGAAAUUAAGGGGAAAAUUUCUUGAUUCUUUUGUAAUAUAUGAACUCAUCACAAUUGUACGUAAUUGAUUACUGUCUGAUAAACCAAGAGAAACGUUACCUUGCCAUCUGCGUGGUUUAAGGGUGGGAUUUUGUCUUCUCUGUUGAGAUAUAACAAAGGGAGUUCCAACGU